GAAAGGUGGAGCCCGGUCCGGCCCCGCAGAGCGGCCGCUCCUGCAUCCCGGGGCUCCGGUGCCCGCAGCCGCCGCCCGGGGCAGCCAUGCCCUCCCCUAGCGAGUCCAGCCGCUCCUUGACCGGCCGCACGUCCCGCAGCCUCACGCACCUCCGUGUGCAGCGGACCUGGCUGCAGGUCCUGCUGGUGCUCGGCUUCAUCCAAGUCAUCCUGGGCGUCCUCAUCGUCACCUUCAGCCUGGUGGCUGCCACCAUCACACCCUCCGCCCGGAUCCGACACUCCUGCCCGUCCUGGGCCGGCUUCUCGCUGGCGCUGUCCGGCCUUGUCGGCAUCAUCUCCUGGAAGCGGCCCCUCACACUGGUGAUCACCUUCUUCACGCUGCUGUCAGUGCUGGGCAUCAUGCUGAGCCUCGCUGGGUCCAUCCUGUCCUGCCAGAACGCGCAGCUGGUGAAGAGUCUGCAGGCCUGUGAGAGGGAGAGGGACUCGUGUGUCUGCUGCCAGGCCCGCCCGGAGCCCCCCCCCGGCUCCUGCAGCCGGCAGAGUGAGAUUCUCACCAUGUUCCCCAACCCCGACUGCCGCAGCAUCCGCACGGCGCUCAAGGACCUCCUGUUCAGUGUCUGCGGCUUGACCGUCCUCUCGACCAUCGUCUGCACGCUCUCUGCUGUCGUGUGCUGCAUCCAGAUCUUCUCCCUCGAUAUUGUCCAUGUGCUGGUCCCACAGCGCUCGAGCUCCGUGACACUGGAAUGCACGUCCCCCCCCGACACCUUCCUGCAGAGCAUGAUGGACUUCGAGGAGUUCGUGCCCCCGGUGCCGCCACCCCCCUACUACCCCCCCGAGUACACAUGCAGCUCAGAGACCGAUGCGCAGAGCAUCACCUACAACGGCUCCAUGGACAGCCCCGUGCCCCUCUACCCCACGGACUUCCCCCCUUCCUACGAGACUGUGAUGGGGCUGCGGGGGGACAGCCAGGCCACGCUCUUUGACUUGCCGCUGACGGAUGGAUCCCAUGCCUGUGCCUGUGACCGCGUCCCCUCCAUCGUGCUCAGCGGAGAAGUGUCCAUGGACAGCGGGUCCCUCAUCAUGUCCGAGAUCAUGGACAUCCCGGGGGACAGCAGCCCCUCGGAGGACUCGUGCCUGCUGGAGCUGCAGGGCUCCAUGCGCUCCGUUGACUUCGUGCUGUUCCGCUCCAUCCAGCGCAGCCGCGCCGACUACUGCCUGAGCGUGGACUGCGUUCAGUGCAGCCACCACCCGCGCAGCCCCAUGCUGGGCCUGCAGGGCCCCUUCGAGGAGGUGCCGCAGCCGCGGGUGCGGGGGGAGCGCUCCUACUCCUGCUCCACGGCGGCAGAACCCGGCCCCGACGGCGUCCUGGGGGUCGGAGCCGUCACCCACAGCUGCAACCGGCUGGAGGGGCUGUCCCGGUGCGCAGGGCCCUGCUUCCCCGAGGUGCGGCUCAAGGACAAGGGGGCGCUGCGGGGCCGCGGCCGCCCCUCGGGGCUCGGGCCCUGCCGCACGUCGGGGCUCGGCCCCGGCCGCCUCGGGCAGCUCCGGAGGAACAGCGAAGCCUCCUGCCCCGCGUCCCCCGGCCCCGAACCGAACCAGCGCCCGCUCGUGAGGGCGCACAGCGACCCCGGCGUCCCCGCGGCCGGACGCGCAGAUUUCAGGGAAGUACUUUAUACCAAAGCACUGGAGGACACCACAUCCAGCUCCUCAGCGGAUACAGGGCUGUGCUCCGAGGCCUGCCUGUGCCACCGCUCUCACUGUGACUCCCCUCCGCUGCUCCGGGCCGGCUCGGCAGGGAAGAGCAAGGCGCUGCCCUCCAAGGUGACGGAGCAGCUCUCCAAGAGCACGACCCGAUCCAUGGGGGACCUCAAGGUCUGCAGGGGCACCCGUGGGCUGGUGGCCAGGUUCCUGCAGAGACCCAAGCGCAGCAUGGAGGUGCCCGGGCACAGCUCCCAGGGGCACAAGCAGGUUCCCUGGAGCGCCUGGCCCGGCGCAGAGCGGCCCCACGACGGCAUCCACCUGCGGAGCUGCGGGGACCUGAGCUCCACCUCGUCCCUGCGCCGCCUCCUGUCCGCCCGUCGCCUGGAGCGGGGCCGUCCGCGGAGCCUCAGCGGGACCUGCAAGGACAGCGAGAGCGUCCUCUGAGCUCGGGGACCCCGUCGGACUUGGCUGCAGCCCCGCGGGGCUGGGGCCUGCGCCGCUGCCCCUUCCCCAUGGCGAGGGGCUGGUCCCCUGCGGGGCCGUCGGGUCCCCAGCCCCGAGCCCUGCCCCGUGCCCUGCUCCGGCCGUGCCUGUCCCCCCGCACCAGCUGUGCCUGUACCCCCGGACGGCCUCGCCUGUCCCGGCCGUGCCCGUUCCCUGCUGCGCAUUGCGGGGCCGGUCCCGCAGCGCUCGCCCCUCGCUACACACCCAAUAAAGGUGAUCGCCGCCUC